GGUCUAGCUCUCCUGGAAUCCCAUGACCCCAUAACCAUACUCUUCUCAUCCCUUCUUACAUAAUGAUUUUAUGCAUAUCUAUCACCUUCUUCAUCAAUUUUUCUUCCACUUCAACUUUCCACUACCACAAAUCUUUAUGUUAGUUUUGCUUUCUGCUACAAACCCAUCUCCAUAUCUCUCUCCCCUAGCUUGCAAGUUCACCCAAUAGUUAUAAAUCUCUCAUGUUUGUCCAAUAUAACACAGUCUAGCAAUAGAGCUAGAUUCUGGCAGUCAAAAUUAGAAGUAAAAAAUUCAUAUAUAUAUAUAUAUAGAUAUCCAUCUUCGGUCAUAUAUAUAUAUAUAUAUAUGGAGAAUAUGGGAGACUGGGAGCAAAAGAAUCUUGUGAAUGAGCUUACACAAGGGAGGGAGCUAGCGAGGCAGCUCCAAAUCCAUUUGAACGUGCCAUCAUCUUCGUACGAAACCCGAGAAUUCUUGGUCCAGAAGAUCCUAGUUUCGUACGAGAAGGCGCUUUCGAUGAUCCAUGGAAGCAUCAGCUCAGCUGGAGAGAUCACACAGCCCACUGCUGCAGGUACUAGUACUCUUGCCAUCCGAAAGUCUGAAUCCCCACCUUCUCUAAAUGGAAGUCCUCGAAGCGAUCAGGAUUCAGACCACGACCAGGACUUCAACAGAGAUGCCUCGAGGAAAAGGAAAUCUUUACCCCGGUGGACACAGCAAGUGAGAGUUAGUCCCGGGAUGGGACUUGAAGGGCCUCUAGACGAUGGCUUUAGCUGGAGGAAAUAUGGGCAGAAGGACAUUCUUGGUGCUAAAUAUCCUAGGGGUUACUACAGAUGCACUCAUCGGAACGUUCAACAUUGUUUUGCGACAAAGCAAGUUCAACGUUCCGACAAGGAUCCAACAAUCUUCGAAAUAACGUACAGAGGAAAGCAUACUUGUACACAAUCCUCCCGUAUAGUCCCUCCAUCGUCAUCAUCACAACAACAACAACAACAUGAUCAAACACAAGAACCAAACAACAGCAGCGGCAGCAGCAUGGAACCGCAUCAGCAGCAACAAAACUACCAAACAGUCACAGCUGAACAGAACCAAAAACAAACACAUGAUGUGCUUUCCAACUUCAGGGCAGGUCUCAGGGUAAUUACCGAGGACUUGGAAAAGAUCAAUCGGGAUCAUGAUCCCCAAUCAUUUUCUUCCUUCCACUUUCCCUUGAAAACUGAAAUCGGUGAUGGGUAUUUCUCUUCCAUAAUGGAGACCAGUUUCGUUGGAGGCUUUUCAUCAUCACCUUCGUUCAUAUCACCAGCUACUUCUGGUACAAACUUUUUCUCUGUGUCUUCUCAAGGUGGGAUCAAUAAUCAUGACCAGUUUGGAGGCAAUAAUCAAGAUUUGCAGACUGGUUUUGAGUCUGAUGAGAAAAUCUCUGUUCCUAUUACUUCUGCUACCAAUUCUCCAACUGUUGGUACGGAUCCAUUCCCAUUCGACCCAAACUUUGCCUUUGACAAUGCUGGCCAUGGAUUUUUCUCCUGAUUCCAACAAAUCAUUUGGGAGUGAAAAUUCAUUUUUAUUGGCCAAAAUUUUCUAGCAAUUUUGAAAUUUUAGCACAAGUAGGUUCAUAUAUGGGCAUGGAAUAGUCAGUUUUUUUUUUUUUUUUUUUUUUCCUUUUCUUCUUCCCUUUUUUUUUUAAAAAAUAAAAAAAUAAAAAAAUAAUUUGGUCAAUGUAGUUUUUUGCAGUCUUUUGUGAUAUGUAAUUUUCACCAAAGAAAGGUCUUUGAUAUGUAAUUUUCUUACUUUCUAUUAGACGAAUAAACCCGAUUACUUGACUUA